GUGUGUGUUGCGUCUCAUCGCUGUUGUGGUGAAUCUUGUUCUGUGGAGCAGAGACUCAGUCCGCAUCUUUAGAUGAGAUUUACGGCUCGCUCAAGUUGCAAGCCAAGGUUCUAGAUACGGAACCCAGAGCUAGAGAGCGGAGCCAGCGAACUAGAACCUAGAUCUGCAUGUCCCUUAGAGUCAGGAGAACCUUGGUAUCUCUGAGAGAGAGGAGAACCUAGAUCUGCACACCACUUAGAACCAGGAGAACCUACAUCUUAACGCCUGUUAGAACCAGGAGAACCUAGAUCGGCACGCAUCUUAGAACCAGGAGAACCGUGGUCUACGCCUUUGCUCUCUUCUCCUUUCUUCUUGGCAGAGGAAUAGAAUGCAAUUGCACCAUGGAUGAGUUCCAUCCCUUCAUCGAGGCCCUGCUGCCGUACGUGCGCGCCUUCUCCUACACCUGGUUCAACCUGCAGGCGCGCAAGCGCCGCUACUUCAAGAAGCACGAGAAGCGCAUGUCCAAGGACGAGGAGCGCGCGGUGAAGGACGAGCUGCUCGCCGAGAAGCCCGAGGUCAAGCAGAAGUGGGCGUCCCGCCUCCUGGCCAAGCUUCGCAAGGACAUCCGGCCCGAGUGCCGCGAGGACUUCGUGCUGACCGUGACGGGGAAGAAGCCGCCGUGUUGCGUCCUGUCCAACCCCGACCAGAAGGGCAAGGUGCGGCGCAUCGACUGCCUGCGGCAGGCCGACAAGGUGUGGCGCCUGGACCUGGUGAUGGUCAUCCUGUUCCGGGGGAGUCCGCUGGAGAGCACGGACGGCGAGCGGCUACACAAGUCACCGCUCUGCUCCAAUCACACGCUCUGCGUCCAGCCGCAUCACAUCGGCGUCAACGUCAAGGAGCUGGACCUCUACCUGGCCUACUUCAUCCACUCGCCCGAUUCUGGACAAUCAGAUGACUCCAGUCAACAGGGUGAUACAGAUGUCAAACCUCCCUCUAAUGGUCACUUACGUUUCCAAGAUUACUUUGUGACGUCAGGGGUAUGGAGUGCAGCUGAGAUCGUUCGUGUCUCACAGAGUGAGUCCACACACACACACACACACACACACACACACACAUGCGUAGGCGCACGCUCACAC